AUUGACGUCAAUUUUGGAAUGUAUCGCCCAUUUCCCGUAGAAUGGAACGAGCAGUGCUGAACUCGUAGAACAUCGAAUACUUUAUCUACUUGGAAGUUGGAACCGGGCUCGAUGCCGAAAAUUAAGUGACGUAGGCCACAUAGGAUUUUCACGAAAUAUAAUAUGUUAUCAGCAAAAAGACUGGUGGAACAUUUCCAUCAUAAGGGGAUAUGUAUACCAGGAAGUCGGCAGAGUCCGCUAUCUCGUUUUUUGUUUGAAACCACACGAGUGGAAUAAACCGGUGUUCUGGGACGGAGAGAGUCGUGUGCUACAGAUUCUGCCAUUACUCUCCUGAAGUUGCCGGGCAGAGAAGGUGGCCAUGGGGUUAGCACCUCACUCUCUCCUGGCCCUGACUGGCCAGUUGCCCUGGCCGCUGCUCCUGGCUCUGCUCGCUCCAUGGAAUGUCCUCCGAGCUGAAGAGCUGAAGCCCACUAGAUGGCCCCUGUUCUCCCAGAAGCCUUUGCUCCUCGCCUGGAAUGCCCCGACGGAGGACUGUGGCCCCCGGCACGAUGUGCAUUUCCUGCUGGAGCAGUUCCAAAUCGUAGCGUCGCCCAACGAGGGCUUCGUCAGACAGAACCUCACCAUCUUCUAUAAGGACCGGUUAGGGCUGUACCCGUAUUACAAGCGUGACCGCACCGCGGUGAACGGUGGGAUCCCUCAGGCUGCCAGCCUCACGCAGCACCACGAGAAGAUGCCCGAAGGUGUGCACAAAUACAUACGUGAACCAAACGCCAAAGGCCUCGCCGUCAUCGACUGGGAGGAGUGGCGUCCGCUGUGGAUUCGCAACUGGGAUGUCAAGGACGUGUACCGGGACCAAUCCCGGCAACUAGUGGCCAAGAAAAACCCGGACUGGACCCCGGAGCGCGUGGGGAAAGUGGCUCAGCAGGAGUUUGAGCUGUCGGCCCGGAAGUUCAUGCUGGAGACCCUGAGGCUGGCCAAGAGCCUGCGGCCCAACCAGCUGUGGGGGUUCUACCUGUUCCCAGACUGCUACAACCAUGACUACCGGAGUGGCCUGGAGAACUACACAGGUCGCUGCCCUGAUGUGGAGGUGGCCCGUAAUGACCAGCUCACCUGGCUGUGGACUGAGAGCACGGCUCUGUUCCCUUCCGUCUACAUGGGCACGGUGCUGCGCUCCACCACAUUCGGGCGGCAGUUUGUCCGGAACCGGGUGAAGGAGGGGAUGCGGCUGGCUUCGGCGGGCGACGGGCUGGCACGGCCCGUCUUCGUCUACACCCGGCCUACGUAUGCCAACGAGCUGACUCCGCUGACUGAGACAGACCUGGUGUCCACCAUUGGGGAGAGUGUAGCCCUGGGAGCAGCUGGGGUCAUCGUCUGGGGAGACCAUACCUACGCCAGCAGCAAUGCCAGCUGCUCCAGUCUGAAUGAGUACCUACAGGGUCCGCUUGGACGGUACCUGCUUAACAUCUCCACGGCAGCAGAACUGUGCAGCCAGAAGCUGUGCACCUCCCAUGGCCGCUGCCUCCGCACACUCUCAGACACUGACGCCUACCUGCACCUCAGCCCCCUCACCCACAGCAUCAGCAUCCAGGGGGGCAGGCUGAAGGUGACCGGUCAGCUAGGUCAGGGGGAGCUGGCUAAGUACAGGCAACACUUCCAGUGCCAGUGCUACAGCGGGUAUAAGGGCGAGGGCUGUGCCCAGAGAGAGCUGGGGAAGAGUGCUGCCACACCUGUCUGGAGAGUCUGGUCUGUACUGACCCUGUUGCUCCCUCUAGGGCUUCUCACUCUGCUCCACUGAGGGAGGCGAGCUGGAGCUGACGACGUGCAAUAUGGGGGAAGAACCACGCCCUGGUCCUGGCCUCUACUGGGGCUCAGAGGGAUUUCUGGUCAGGGAUGGGCUCUAGCUGGUCUGUGGGACUGAUCCAUAUGGAGAAGAGGAUAUGGGGGUGCCAUCUGUCAACAGGAUGAAGGAGGGGACUGAAGAUACUCCUCAGUACCCUUCGGUUACCCACGCAAGCUAAAGGGACAGCAUUUGAAGUGGGAAAACAAUAGGCCUUCUAUUUUGACUUGAUGUUUUUAUUGUGAGUGCUGUGCGGUGAGGUAGAAAUGAAGGUCUAUACUGAACUGAUCUAGCUCUCCCUUCACCAGAGCUGGAAGACAUCUGGAGCUAGCAGCCAGAACUACAACUAAGAUGUCUGUAAUGUGUAUGAAUGCUGACCUCAGCUGUAUAUUGAGUGUGUGUGUCUGUGUGAACUGUGUUAUCAGUUAGAAGUGUAGUAAGGCUACUAGUGAGACUGUAGUUUGUUCGAAUGUUCCUCUCUUUCGCCUAAUGUGGAACCGUGGGAAUUGUUAAACCUCAACAACAGAACCUAACGCACCACACUACAACAAUGCUACUUUUCUAUGAAGAGACUGUGCCACCGUGAAGCUUUUGUCCAAAGAGACCUGCGCUGUGCUUGGAUAGUCCAACCUCUUUCGGCUAGAUGGCUAUACCUUCGUAAUCUUAAAAAAAACAAAAAACAUUUCUUUUUGUAACAGUCUCUUUUUCUACGGUCUUAUUUUUUCAACCUGUAAUGUUGUGGUGGAAAAUAACUGGAAUAUUUGGAACUGACUCUCGAAUAUUCAUUCAAAUAUUCAUGUGCUUCAUUGUGGCAAGGAACUCAUUUAAUCUACAUAGCUGCCUUUCUGUGUCACUCACGGACUGCUUUUGCAACAUUUCAUCACCUCAAUCACAUUAGCAAGAAAGACUCGUCUAAGAAUUUUCUAUAAAUAUUUUUAGCCCACAACAACAUGUUUGUGAACACACCACAUCUGCACAGAUGACGGUAUGUCAGUGUGAGGCCUAACAUGUCUGUGAUCAUCCUUAUUCUGGUGCCUCUAGCAUCUACUUUGUAGAUGUUAUUUGAGUGUCUGUGAGGAUUGCAAAGCAAAACUGAAAGCUUUUGCUCAUUUUGUCAUUUGUUUCUACUCUAUUCUUCCUUCUGUUGCCUGAAACCAAAAUUCCUUAGAAAAUGGCUCUGGCCUCAUCCGUGGUUUUGUCUAGAAGGAAUACAGCUUAUGUCAAUUUUACUUUUUGUAGCAGGUUUAAGAGAACUUACACAGCAGGUUAGGAGAAUUAGGUGGGUUAGGGUUAUCUGAAAUGCACAAAAUCUACUUUUGACAUCAAUUUCACAAGCUGUAUCCCAUCUAGACAUGACCUGCAUGCUUUUUCAGGGGACCACAGUCAGACCUCCAGGGGCCUCUGUGUGGGUCCUAGUGUCAUUUUCACUGCUCUUAUUUAUGUCCCAAACAAGCUUCUCAUUUACUUUGUUACAUGUGCAUUGGAUGUCAUUGUAAUUAGUAGUUAUUUUUAUUACAUUAAUUGAAAUAUAAAAAGGCUCUCAAUGAAUUAGAAUCUUGGA